AUGAAUCAUGCAUUCUCUAUGAAGGAAUUAUGGAACAUUGCCUACUUUCUUGGCAUUUCAGUCCAAUCCACUGGUGAUUCUGACUACUUUGUUUCCCAACAUCAGUAUGGUCAAGAUAUUCUUACCAAAGCUGGCAUGGCUAAUUGCAAGCAUUGUGCCUCUCCUAUUGUUGUCAAACCCUUUCUUUCUCCUAAUGUUGAUUUGUCCUUUGAUAAUCUUUCUUUAUAUCGCAGUAUUGUCAAAGCUUUGCAAUACCUUACCAUCACUCGACCAGAUCUUUCUUUGGCUGUAAAUCAGUCUUGUCAACACAUGCAUGCUCUCACUUUUGGACAUUUUUCAGCUGUUAAAAGAUUACUGCGGUAUGUUCAGGGCACCAUUGCUCAUGGUUUGACAUAUCAACCUAGUACUUUUGAUCUUCAUGCUUUUUUCGACUCCAAUUGGACAGAGGAUGUGAUUAAUAAGAAGUCCACCUCUGGAUAUUGCAUAUUUUUGGGUUCCAAUCUUAUCUCUUGGUCUCUUAAAAAGCAGGCCACUGUGUCUCGCUCCUCUACCGAAGUAGAGUAUCGAGCACUGGCUCAUGUUGUUGCCGAAUUGACUUGGGUUAAAAUGUUUCUUCAGGAUUUGGCUAUUUCAUCCCCUACUCUACCUAUUUUGUGGUGUGACAAUGUCUCCUCUAUUGCUCUUGCUUCCAAUUCCGUGUUUCAUUCUCGUUCCAAACAUAUCAAGGUGGAUUGUCACUUUGUCAGAGAUAAAGUACUUGCUAAACAACUAACUUUGCAAUAUAUUCCUACUCAAGAUCAGUUGGCUGAUAUAUUUACAAAACCUUUAUCUGUGGCUUGUUUUUUGUAUCUCAAGUCCAAGCUAAUGGAGUUCACGCACCCCAUCAGCUUGCAAGGGCAUGUUGAGAAUACUACAGCUUCCACAUUUAAGAAUACUACAAUUUCCAAACUUAGCUCAGAAGUUACAGCUUCCAAACUCAACUUAGAAGCUCAGUCAAUGGCUCAGCCAGUUCCCUUAAUAGAUAUUGCAGUCGCGUCCACAUCAUCUUAG